CAACCAUCUGUUAACUUCCAUCAAAAUUGUACGUUCCUCUGCUGCCUAUCAAGAAGAGAAUUGUGUGACAAGACCAACCGCUGCUAACUCGUCGUUGGUGGUCGCUAGUGCCUGCUAGAUGGACGAUUUGGGCUCGUCAGGGUGGGAGGAGCGGUACCGCGAGGCGGAGGAGAGAUGCAGAGGGCUCUCCAUGCAGAUCGAGCGUUUCCAGCAGCAAGCGGGCAGAGUGAGAGAGCUGCUAACGUCCAAGUUGCAAGACAUGGAAAGUCAUAUUAGUGCUUGGAGAGGUCGUGCCGAGCAGGCGGAUGAACAGGUGAAGGAGUUGGAAGAUAAGUUGGAAAUUGCGAGAAAUGAAUUGAGAAGUGCUAGAGAUCAGAUUGAUUUGCUUGAGCAAUGUUGCCGUGACAAAGACAACACCAUGGUUGACCUCGAGAGGCGCCUACUUGAAGAGUCUCAGCAGCAUGGCCGGGUGGUCAACGGAUUUGAGAGCAAAAUGGCCAAGAUAAAAGACUGGGUGGCCAGCAAGUUGCAAGGGGUUUGUGCUGGCGUGGGGUUGUUAGUUCUGUACUGUAAUGUGAUUGUCAUGUGUUUGUGUGUGGGUGUGUGGUGUGUUUGCAGCUGGAGGGCGAACUGAUGUUGUAUCGAGCUAAGGAGACUGAAGCUGUUCGAUUGAUUGGAUUGUUGGACAAAGCAGAAGGAGGUGUGAGCGAGCAACAGAGCAUGUGUCAUGGGUUUGUUUGUCUGCUUGCCUCUUUGCCUGCCUGCCCACUUGUUUGUGUAUCUGUUUGUCUGUCUGUUUAUUUGUCUGUCUGUCUGUUGGUCUGUCUAUUUGUGUGUCUGUCUGUUUGUCUGUUUGUCUAUCUGUGUCUAUGUGUCUGUAAGUUUGUCUGUGUAUGUGUUUGUCCUGUUUGUCUGUCUGUGUUUGUCCUGUUUGUCUGUUUGUUUGUUUGU